UUAUGGUGCUUACUUGCAUCUGCUUUCAUUUACAGGUAAAAGGAGAUUAAAAUGAGAUCAGCAUUGAUUGUUGCAUUUAACGAUUCUUAAUCUGUGUUUGAAAAUAUUUCUGUUCAAGAUACACUUUGAACAAUGGAAAAGUGCUGAUUUGCAUGUAUUUAAAAUACCAUAAUAUGGUUCUAUUAAACUGCAUAUACAUCAAAUAGAUAAGUAGCAGCAGACUUCACAAACAAAAAUGGGCAUUUAUUUUAUUUUUAUUUCUUUAGUUUUAGUCCAUUUAAAGUGGAGAGAAUUAUUCUUAUUCAUAAAAUACAGGCUAAAUUUGAAUUGAAAUUGUGUAGUUUCAUAUAAACUGAACUAAAAACAAGCAAAUGGAAUAUAAUGGAUUUAUGCCAAAUCAAUAACGUAGAAUAUGUUGUUUCAGUAAUUCAGUUUAAAAGAUCAGAUUUGAUAGAUUCAUCUGGGUUUGGUGACACUUGAAGCUCAAAUACUGUCUGUUAGAACAUAAUUGUAACCAUGUUAAAAUUUUAUCAGUAAAUUUUUUUUUUACGUUUAUAAAGUUGGCACUUAACUAACAGGAAACAUAACCUCCAUUUUAGACAUUUUCUUUAAACAUUUGCUGUUGUAUUUUUAAAAUAGCUCAUAGGUAAAAAUCAGAUUUUCUUUACAAUGAUCUUUUUAUAUUUGUCCUUCAGACACAGGCUGUGACUUCUUUUUGUUCUCUGAUCUGUUUUCUGGGGGUACUGAAGGGUCUCUUUAUGUGAGAGGAACGCCUCUUGGCUCAAAGCGUGAUAGAUGUUUAUAUGUGAACACUGCUGCGAGAGCCCACCCCGGCAGACUUGUAUAAAACGUCUUGGCAGCAGACAAACUUUCAGUUGGUGGCCAGGCGCAGAGGAAAGACGCAGAAACCUGACAGAAACGACGAUGGCGUCUUUAGGGUUGCAGAUUCUUGGGGUUGCUCUGGCCGUGAUCGGAUGGUUGGGGAACAUUCUGAUCUGCGCGCUGCCACUAUGGAGAGUCACUGCCUUCAUUGGCAACAACAUUGUGGUGGCUCAGAGCAUCUGGGAAGGCCUGUGGAUGAGCUGCGUGGUGCAGAGCACAGGCCAGAUGCAGUGCAAAGUUUACGACUCCCUCCUGGCUCUGCCUCCAGACCUCCAGGCGGCUCGGGCCAUGAUCGUCAUCUCCAUCCUCUUCUCUUUCUUCGGCCUGCUGCUGUCUGUGGUUGGUGGGAAAUGCACCACCUGCAUCGAGGAUGAAACAGCCAAAGCUCGAGUGUGCAUCUCUGCUGGGGUUUUCUUCUUCCUGAGCGGAGCGCUGUGCAUUGUGACCGUCUCUCUGCCGGCCAACACCAUCAUCAAGAACUUUUACAACCCACUGAUUCCUGAUGCUCAGAGGAGGGAGCUGGGUGCCUGCCUGUACAUGGGCUGGGGGGCAGCGGGACUUUUACUGAUCGGUGGGGCUCUGCUGUGCUGUCAGUGCCCGUCAGGAAGAGAGCACUACAACGGAGUGAAGUACACCGCCCCGAAAUCCACAGCACCAGGGAAGGAGUUUGUCUGAGCAACAGGGAGUCGAAUUCACCAAAAGACAGAAACAAACUGGUCUCCUUCUCAGUAAUAUCAUCGACUAAAACAAACUGACUUUCUGCUUCAGAAAGAUUGAUACAUUAAUUCAUUAAACUUAUUUUUUGCAGUUAUUUCCUUACUUAUUGAUCGUGACGAUCAGUAAGAGUUUCUAACAGGCAGUUGUCUUUGUUUUUUACUAUCUGAGGUGCAUUUUUCAAUGCUAUAUUUUAUUAAAAUUAAUCAAUUUUAUGUCAAAAAUGUGGCAUCUGCAAUUUUUAUUCACAAGUGAAAUAGCUUUUUGGAGUAACAAUAUUACCUUCAAUCAGGAGGUUUGUCUGCCACAAAAUUCAAGUUAGGAAAAAUGUUCUUAAAUCUAGAUCAGUUAUUUAAAAUGUUAGAGAAAAGGUUUUCAAAGUGAGGUUCGUGUUUCCAGUUGAAGCUGUUCAGGAAUUGUACAUAUUUCUCCAGCAGCACAAGUGGCUGAUGAAAACACUUUAUAAACUAUUUCUGGUGAGAUUUUCUCUGAAAAUGUUAAUAAAAAAAUCAAAACCAAAUGUGUACCAAGAAAAUAGUUGAGUAAAAUAAGAUACCUACAUUCCUGAUCUUUGUAAAUAUUAUGUAUUUUGGUUUUACUUGCUUAUACUCUGUCCUCUUCAGAAGAACCUUUUUGGCUUUAACAGCAUCUGUGGUUUGGUUUUUAUUUUUAUUCUUUACAUUGUGACUUUCAUAUUGGCUUUGUGAAUAAAAGCAAUGUCUGAUUGUAAACAGAAACUUUUAAGUCCUUCGUCUUUUAUCAGGUAGUUAAUCAGCUACGCUUAGCAACAGGUGGGGGAGGGGUAGUCUCUGUGCUCUAAACAGCCAGAGGAAGCUCCUUCAGUCAUUUGCCACAUUACAUAGAAACACUGUCCCAGAAAAUAUUGUGGCUUUAAAUCUGUAACCUUUUAAAUUCUUGGUAAAGCUGACAACACACAAACCCAUUUUAUCAGAUGUUAG